UGAUUCGUCGCUAGAUGGCGGUAAUCAUGGCGGUAAUACGCAAACACCGGAUGUUGGCCGCCAUUAAACGUCAAGAAGAAGAGCGUCGCUUAAAGGAAUUGUUUCUCGUUUUAUAUAAAUAGAUAUUGUUCUUUAAGAAUGCGAUACGAAAAGUAACGUACGUUGUGCCUUUUCCCGAGCACGAUGGCUACUCAGAGAGUGCUCCCUCAAAGCAAAGAGACUCUGCUACAGAACUACAAUAAGAGACUGAAAGAUGAUAUCAAGUCAAUCCUGGACAAUUUCACCGAAAUUAUCAAAACAGCCAAGAUCGAGGAUGAGACACAGGUUUCCCGAGCAACCCAAGCAGAGCAGGACCAUUAUGAGAUGCACGUUAGAGCAGCCAACAUUGUACGAGCUGGUGAGUCCCUGAUGAAGCUGGUGUCCGAUCUGAAGCAGUUCCUGAUUCUGAACGACUUUCCCUCAGUGAACGACGCCAUCAGCCUCCAGAACCAGCAGCUGCGCUCGCUGCAAGAGGAGUGUGACAAGAAGCUCACGUCGCUACGUGACGAGAUCGCCAUCGACCUGUAUGAGCUAGAGGAAGAAUAUUACUCCUCCAGGUACAAGUAGGCUCAUACUUGCCCCCAUCCCACUGCCCCUCUGUUGUCCCAUGCCCAGCACCAUGCAAUGUCUCACCUUUGCCAUUCACUGCUGAGCCCAACGAAAGGUUUAGUUCUGCCAUCAUGUAAACGUGACUGUUUUGGGGUUGAAUUUAACACAAAGCAUUGCUGAGGUUGGUUGUGGUGCAGCCUAUCUCACUAAGUGACUUUACAUUUUCAUUGGUUAGCGAGUGCCUUGAUCCUUUUCUGCACAGUGAUGUGGGUCGUGAUUGGUCAAAGUUGAGAUGACCUCUGCACUACAGGGAUAUGCGACUGAAUAUCAUAAACAUAAAUGUAUGCAGCUCUAGAACUUUGACAGUUCAACAUGUGUCCUGGGGCAUUCAGGAAGUUUACUGAUAUAGUAUGAAAGCCAGAAGGCUUUUCUGGUGAAAACAAUUCAGAAUAGAAAGUACUGGUUCUAAUCUACUGCUGGGUUUAUUUUUGAAUGGUGAUCAGACUUUGUUUCUUGGUCUGCAGCUAACAAAGGCUUGAGAGGUUUUAACAAAUACGGUCAGGCAUGUGGGGAGAUGCAUGGUUUAGUUUAGCAGAUGAUUACAACUAAAAUGUUUUAAAUUAAAGACCAGAGUUCAAUUAAAUCCAUGAAUUUCUAGCACAUCUAUGGAUGAACUGUUAGAUGGUUGUUAAAAGGCUUCUGGGUAUUGCGACACAAAGCUCUGUGGAGAAAGCGAACUCCCUUUAAAGAGUUACACAGUUAAAGAACUAGAGCUAUGCCAGAAUAUAAGUUUUUAUAAAUUUGUCAUGUAAGAUUAUUUAUAUGUUAUAUUUAAAUCAUAAAUGUAACGGUGCUGACCCAUAUGAUGGAUUUUUAAGGCUGGACUGUGGAUGAUUCUUUGGUAUAGACUGUAUAAAAUUAGACACGACUGUUUAUUUAUUCAAAGUCAAAUCCGAAGCUACUAAGACUUUCUAAAACUAAGAUCUUCUGUAAAAGCAAUUUCAACCGAUCCGUCCUUGAGACUACAGGUGACUCAAGCUGUAACCAUGCACACCAUCACGCACGGAGUGGUUGUACAUGUGUACCAGUUUGUGCCAGAUGUUCCAAUAGACCCAGAAUGAUAAAGAAAUAAAGUAGAGACAAAACAC